AUGAUUCAUGAUGAUGAUAAUGAUGAUGAUGUAGAUUAUGAUGAUGAUGAUGAUGAUGAUGAUGAUGAUGAUGAUGAUGAUGAUGAUGAUGAUGAUGAUGAUGAUGAGGAUGAUGAUGAUGAUGAUGAUGAUGAUGAUGAUGCUGAUGAUGUUGAUGAUGAAGUUGAUAAUGAUCCCGACGAGGUUCAUGAUGAUGAUGAUGAUGAUGAUGAUGAUGAUGAUGAUGAUGAUGAUGAUGAUGAUGAUGAUGAUGAUGAUAACGAUCAUGAUGUUGAUCAUGAUGAUGAUGAUGAUGAUGAUGAUGAUGAUGAUGAUGAUGAUGAUGAUGAUGAUGAUGAUGAUGAUGAUGAUGAUGAAUAUAAUGAUGAUGAUGUUUAUGAUGAUUCAUGA